AUGAGCUGGCAGCAGCUGAUGGAGAUCGGGCACGACACAGAGCAGGAUGCCGAUCUCAGGAAGAUGUUCAAGAAGCAAGAGCGCGAGGAGGUCUGGAGCAGGGCCAGCACAGUCCGGAAGAGUCUGGUCUCUUACUCGUCUUUGACGAACUGGAAACGGUCUUCCCUGGAUGCAGCCUACAAAGCGUCGCCUUGUGUCUCCUUCACUGGGGAGAUGAACAAAAAGUUUAUGCUCUUCCAUCUUGCUGCGGACCUCUGCUUCGAGGGCGAAAAGGGCUGGUCUGGACCGGCGUAG